CUUUUUUUGAAAUCUCGAAGCAGCAAAUCACCACGCGCAUCUCCGUCCGUCCCAGUAAGCCGUCACUCGCCAGCCGUCCGCCUCCGUACAAAAGUUGUCACUCUCCAGAGUCAACCGCAGAUCAUCCCCCCCUCGGCAUGAUGGAGCCGUCCACCUCCCCAGCGGUGCUUACCGUCCCCGCACAGCCGACAGCGUGCCAAAAAUGCUGCUCUCCCUGCGACGAGAGCGAAGGCAUGGUCACUCCGAGAGGUACAUGAUGGCUGUGCAUUCAUCGCCACACAUGAGGCAUGCAGUCUAGAUCUCCCCUCCCUGUCUGUAUGCGGUGCGUCAUGCAGAGCCGCCGGAGGAGGAGCGCAGUGUGGUCUUCCACUCGCCAGUGGCGCACCGGAAUGAGAGAUCCGACUAUAAUGGCUAUGAGGAGGAGGAGGCCGAUGAGGGAGGCAGCUCACUGGGGCUGCUGACGGUGCUGCUGCCGUGCUUUGUGGCCCUGGCGACGCACACGUGGAUCCACAGCCUGUCCAUGUUCGAGAUCUACCUUCUGCGAGACCCUGCUCUCAGGUAUGGCGCCCCGCCGGUUGGUCACAGGACAUUCCUUCCUGCACUUUUUGUUCAGGUAUACGACCCGCACGCACGGCGUCAUCAUGUCGCUCUACUCGCUGCCCGAGAUGCUGUCGGCCAUCGUGGGCGGUCUCCUUUACACCCUCCCACGCGCACCCACCCUGCUGCUGGCAGCCAUCACCUUCGAGUGGGUCGGCCAGGUCAUCUUCGCCGCGGCAAUCGGCAUGAACACGCUCCCCUUCGCAUUCGUCGGCCAGUGCAUGGCUGGGAUGGGUGCCGGCAUCACGGUGGUCAUCCAGAGGGCCGUCAUGUCAGGCCUCCUGCCGCACAAGACCACCACGGCCAUGGGCCUCGCCGUGGCCAUCGCUGCCCUCGGCCGCACGACGGCCAAAGCGACUGUGGCUCCCCUUGUCGACAUCUCUGGCGGCUACAAGAACGCCCUCGCCUGUGUGGUGCUCUCGACGUCAUUCUCCUUCGUGGCUGCAGUGAUUUUCGUCUUUCACGGCAGGAGAGUUCUGGGCCGGAUAGAGAGGCAGACGCUCGGCCGGUCGGCCAAGGGUGAGGGCGUGGGUGUGGCGCGUGCGUGGGCCGCCAUUGCACAGGGGGAGCUGACGGGAAGGUUCUGGGUGCUGAACGUGCUACACCUGUUGCUGCUGGCGGUGCUGCACACCUUCAUGAACUUCUCGGGCGACCUCAUCUUUCAGGUACGUCAACGUCAUGGAUGCUGCCAUCCAUCCAUCCAUCCAUCCACUGUCCCUUGUUGUCUGUCAGACCUGGCACACCGGCGAUAUCGCCACAGGGCUCCUCUCGUCCAUAGUGACCGGCCUGGUGAUCAUCGUGCUACCCCCAAUCACCUUUCUCCUCGACACAUUCGGCGGCGGACUCUCAGUCUGCCUCACAGCAUGCAUCAUGACCCUCCUGGUGCUUGUGGGGGCGGCCACUGCCGGCGGCGCGCCGCCGGCCCGCGGCCCAGGGGGCGAGAAGAGCGUCGUGCCGAGUGUGGCGUCGGGCAGCGGCCCGGGUAGCCGGGCCUUUGCGGGGCUGCUGGUGGUGGUGCUGGGGUUCACGGAGGCGGUGGGGCCGGCUGUGCUGCUGGGAAGGAUCCCCCACGAAGACAGGUGCGUGUGUGGGCGAAGGGGUGCAAGAAGCGACGCCGUAAAUGAGUUGUGGUCUGCUUCAUUGUCUCAUUCCUUCAGCGUCCGGUCGCCCAAUCUGCACGGUUUGGCGUUUGCCGUGGCCGAGGUCUCGUCCGCCCCCGCAGUGGCCAUCCUCAACGCGUCAUUCGGCUCCAUCGCCCAGUCCACCCACACCUACCUCUACCCCCUCCUGCUCCUCGCCGCUCUCGCCUGUCUCGCGGCAUGCCUCCUUGUUGCUCUCCUCGUCAAGGAGCCGAAACGCGGCGCGGCUUUGCACCACGGCUACUCUCGCGCGCGGCUUGGGGUGAUUGGUGUGGCUAGGAGGGAGGCCAGUGAGGGGUGGCGGAGCUGUGUCGGGGAGGAGAGCGCCUGCUCGCGGGGGCAGCAGAGGAACGGCAACUGCACUGGCAACGGCAACGGGAACGGGCAGCUGGCAGUCGAUGAUGUCGGGGACGGGUAUAGGCCGCUUGCAGACGAGAAUGGCGCGUAGGCGCUUGUUCGCCUGUCUGUCUGCCGGUUAGGAGUAGGUUCGGUCAUUCACUGAUUGGUCGAUUCAUUUGUCGUCGUCGUGGACGGACAGACGUCUGUCUGAGAGUUUUCCUCGGUCUGUGCGUGUGUGUGAUCGAUUCCACC